AUGCUGACCGAAUAUAAUGGGGACUUCCUUGUAGGGUUUUUGGAACGGGUAAGGCUCGUUUUUCUUGGGGAGGAUGAUGAUGGGCCCGUAGAGCGUGGACCUGAGCCACGAGAUGUGGGCGUGCCAGAAAAGGGUUCCGCGUUGGCCCACUAUCGUGAAAUUGUAAACAUAGCUCUGCCCAGUUUGGAUCGGGCAUUGGGUUAUGUACGCAGGCCCAUCGGCCCAUCCACUGCGAAGCUGCCUAAUUCCGUGCCUGUCGGUAAUAUUGUUGGGGACAUAAUUGGUGACUUUUAUAAGCAAACGGUCGCCUUCUCGUGCAAUGAUGGGAGGUCCCGGGAAUUUACCGUUCACGGUGACUAUGCUCUUCGUGUGGCAAAGUCGAGUCACGUUUUGUGUCGUGAUCUGCAAGAAAUUAAAUGUACGACGAGACAUGAAAAUUAA